AGAAAAGAAGCCAGCCAUGAUCUCUUCAGUCUUAUUGUUAUGUGCGGGCCUCACCACCUCCCUCGCCUCAGCAGCAUGCAGCCGAGAACUGCUCCAGGGGGCCACGGCGGCGUACCUCGAAGCCCAAGCCGCCGGACAGCCGAAUAUAACGGCUCUGGCCAGCAACCUCAGUUAUGCAGAAAAUGAUACGCCUAUGGACAUCAGCAAGGGUGUUCUAGCCCAGCCCAUCACCAUCGACUUCAACCGCAGCAUCUACGACACCACCGAGUGCGCCUCGUUCACAGAGCUGAACGCCGCCACUUCCAGCCAUCCAUAUGUCAUCCACACGCGGAUGCUCCUCACUGGCGACAAGAUCACCACCAUCGAAUCGGUUGUCACAGACACCGGCGACUGGUCAUUCAACGCCACGAGCCAUCUCUACUGGACCGAGCAGGAGAACUGGGAUCCCAUCCCCAAAGACAAGCGCGACAGCCGCGACGUCAUCAAGGCCGCCGCCGACGCCUAUCUCAACCAAUGGGGCAACACCAGUAUCCCGGUCCCGCUUGGAACGCCGUGCGCCCGGCUCGAGGGCGGUGGAUACACGGGGGAGGCAAACCUGACUGCCAAUACGUGCGAGAUGGGGGCCUUUCCGGAGCCUAUUCAGGUGGGGAACCGGCGGUACGUGAUCGAUGAGGAGCUAGGCGCGGUUGAUGUGUUUGAUGGGUUUCCUUGGCUUGACAGUGGGAAAACAGACGGUGAUGCGCCUAGCAGCAAUAUGAUCAGGGUCCAGGGGGGGAUGAUUCGUUAUAUUCAUGAGCUUACUGUGUGUUCUAUCCCUCAGUGCGGGAGAUGAGGUUUAGUUUGUUGGGGAGAGAAGGUUUAGGACCAUAGUCAUCUAAGUUACCUUGCUAGUAGCUCACUCAAAUCCACAAAUACCA